GCUCACAUUUUACGUGUAGUCCAUUCAUCUUUUAAGAAAGUUUUAUAAUGUUGCCUGCAACAUUCAAAUUGUGUGCUGGCAUUUCUUACAGACACAUGAGAAAUAUGACAGGUCUGAGGAAGAAUGCAAUGAUUGCCAUCCACCAUGAAUUGAACAAGCUCUCCGGACCUGGAGCUAGCACUUGGAUAAACCACAUCCGAAGAAGGAGCUCCUUGCUCAGCAGUCCAAUUGCCGAGGAGACAUACAGUGAAGCUGACCAGUGCUAUGUGCAACAAGGGCAAGAAGCUCUGCAGAAGUCCAUCAGUAUUCUUGAGGACCAGGAUGGCUGGCAAACUGAGAUUGAGAGUAUCAACGGGGAGAAGGUCAUGAGUAAAGUCCUGCCUGGCAUUGGAAAGGUUUUUAAGUUGGAAGUGACCCUGGAACAGCAGACUGGUGACCUUUAUGAUGAGCUGGUAGAUAACAUGGAACAAAUGGGGGAGUGGAACCCCAAUGUCAAGCAAGUCAAGAUUCUUCAGAAGAUUGGUCAGGAAACUAUGAUAACUCACGAGAUUUCGGCUGAAACACCAGGAAAUGUGGUAGGCCCAAGAGACUUUGUAAAUGUCCGUCAUGCCAAGCGAAGGGGAUCCACCUGUUUUCUGGCCGGGAUGUCCACACAGCACCCUGGAAUGCCUGAGCAGAAGGGAUUUGUAAGGGCUGAGAAUGGACCCACCUGUAUUGUCAUGCGACCAAGUGCAGAUGACCCCAAUAAGACAAAAUUCACCUGGUUGCUCAGUUUAGACCUAAAGGGUUGGAUUCCAAAAACUGUCAUCAACCGAGUACUUUCACAAACCCAGGUGGAUUUCGUAAAUCACCUCAGGGACAGAAUGGCAUCCGGUGGGGGUAUAGACGCAGCCAUUGCUUGCUGACAUCUAUUGCCUUAAUAAGGGCACACACCUUCCAAGGUCAACCUCAUCCCACCCAUAGCUAUCAUUACAAAUGUCAAACAGCUACAACAAUGAAAUUGUCCAUUGAAGCAAUAUGCUAGCCCUUGUUCAAGUCAGACGAUUUUUACUUUGUGAUAAACUCAGCCGACUACUUCUGUCACCUCCACUUUGCCACUUUAAACUUCUUUUUAUUCAGCUGUACACUUCUGCAGAACACAACUUACUAAUGUGUAAUGGUAUGUUGGCUCCUAUUUUAUUGUUGUUUGUAUAAAAAGUAUUUAUUUUAAGUUAAUAUUGCAUUACCCUGUAUGUUAAAUUAAUUAAAUAAAAAGAUUAUAUGAAAA